AUGUCGAGUGAGAAGCAAGCGGAGGAGGCAAUAGUGGUCUCCGGCGUCAGUGAAACGGAGGAUGACGUGGCCGGUAGAAAAGUGGAAGAUUCAACUGCGGAGGAUAUUGAUGGCGUCGGCGAUGGAUUUAGUGUGAAGAGCUUCCUCUGGCAUGGCGGGUCCGCUUGGGACGCCUGGUUCAGCUGCGCAUCCAAUCAAGUGGCACAAGUGCUGUUGACACUGCCGUAUUCGUUCUCGCAGUUGGGGAUGUUAUCAGGAAUAUUGCUUCAAAUAUUCUAUGGAUUAAUGGGAUCUUGGACUGCUUACCUCAUCAGUGUUCUCUACGUUGAAUAUCGAGCCCGGAUGGAGAAACAAGAGGCCAAAUCCUUCAAAAACCACGUCAUUCAGUGGUUUGAAGUGCUUGAUGGGCUGCUGGGUCCGUACUGGAAAGCAGCGGGGCUCGCAUUUAAUUGCACCUUCUUGUUAUUCGGAUCAGUCAUCCAGCUCAUCGCUUGUGCUAGCAAUAUAUACUACGUAAAUGAUAGGUUAGACAAGAGGACAUGGACUUACAUAUUUGGUGCUUGUUGUGCCACGACCGUUUUCAUACCAUCUUUCCACAAUUACCGAAUUUGGUCUUUCCUCGGCCUUGCCAUGACCACCUACACCGCCUGGUACCUCACCAUCGCCGCAUUUCUCCAUGGCCAGGCGGAGGGUGUGAAACAUUCCGGUCCGACCAAACUUGUGUUGUACUUUACCGGAGCCACCAACAUUCUCUAUACCUUCGGUGGACACGCUGUCACUGUGGAAAUAAUGCAUGCGAUGUGGAAACCAAGGAAGUUUAAGAGCAUCUACUUGAUGGCGACACUGUACGUCUUCACGUUAACGCUUCCGUCAGCCUCCGCCGUGUAUUGGGCUUUCGGCGACCAGCUUCUCAACCACUCAAACGCUUUCUCUCUCCUCCCAAAGACGCGUUUCCGUGAUGCCGCCGUUAUCCUCAUGCUCAUCCAUCAGUUUAUAACGUUCGGAUUUGCGUGUACGCCGUUGUACUUCGUAUGGGAGAAAGCGAUCGGAAUGCACCAUACAAACAGUGUAUGUCUAAGAGCGAUCGUGAGGCUACCGGUGGUGGUUCCGAUUUGGUUUUUAGCCAUCAUAUUCCCAUUUUUUGGUCCCAUAAACUCUGCUGUUGGAGCCUUACUCGUUAGCUUCACCGUCUACAUCAUUCCCGCCUUAGCCCACAUGCUCACCUAUCGCACCGCCUCUGCCCGUCGGAACGCGGCGGAGAAACCGCCGUUCUUUUUGCCUAGCUGGGUCGCAGUCUACGUGAUAAACGCGUCCGUGGUGGUUUGGGUGUUAGUUCUCGGGUUCGGGUUUGGCGGAUGGGCCAGCAUGACCAACUUCAUCAGGCAGAUUGACACUUUCGGCCUCUUCGCCAAAUGUUACCAAUGCAAACCGCCGCUUCCUCCUCCUGCGCCGGUCGCCGGUGCUCAACAUCGCCGUUAA